AUGGCGGACGAAGUGGUUGAUCUUGAAGUUGCGCGACAAAAGAUGAAACAAUGGCGAGACGAACCACUACGAAAUAGCGAAGAAGUCGUGGAAUUCGGUGAGUGUUUACUUUUAGAACAUGGUAACAAACUUGGAGAUGAACUUUGGACCAUCUAUGAACAAGUAUUUCUCGCUUCCCUUGACUGUGGAAAACUUGACCUCGCCACCAUGUGUCUCAAAGAACUGAACACUCAGUUUCCGAAUAGCAUACGAGUGAAGCGGUUAAAAGGGAUGAGACUAGAGGCACUAGGAAGGUUUGAAGAUGCUYUWAAGAUGUAUGAUAAAAUAUUGGAGCUUGAGCCUGCGAAUUCGUCRGCUUACAAGCGAAAAAUUGCAAUCUURAARUCWCAAAAYAAGGUWCCCGACGCCAUCAAGGAGCUCAAUGAAUACAUUAAAAAGUUCAUGAGCGAUCAAGAGGCUUGGAUGGAAUUGAUUGACCUUUACAUCUCUCAACAAGAGCUUCGUAAAGCCAAGUUCUGCAUGGAGGAGUUGAUUCUGGCAAAUCCRCACAACCAUCUCUAUCACCAACGCUUUGCUGAAAUCCUGUACACRAUAGGUGAUCUAGAUAACAUGGAGAAGGCAMGGAAAUAUUUUGCACAGGCACUCAAGCUUGAUAAUGAUAACAUGAGGGCGUUGUAUGGGUUCUUUAUGGCUGCAACACAUCUGUCGUGUCAUUGCAAAGAUGCCAAGGGCAAGAGAGAGAAUUCCAAGUAUGCAUCAUGGGCAGGGUCACAAAUUAUGUCGAGAUAUCAGUCAGUUAGGGAAGAAAAUGACAGUAUGUUAGCUCUUGGAGGACUACUCGAUUCACUGCAGAUCUCAAGUCCACAGAACAUACCAUCCUGAUAUACAGACCAUGCAAAAURUAGAAUACUCCUGGUUAUAAUACCAUCCCCAGUGCCAUCUUYAAAAGUAGUAAUGCUAAUGUAUUGAAGAAAGUUGAGGGUUUAGCACACACUUAUACAUGGAGAUACAUUUUCUCGCACCUGUUUGUAACCUGGUAGUUUUAUGUGUAAUGAAGUAUUGACUUUAGUUUGGCGUGGAUGGUGCAUAGAUUGGUGUCCUGAAAGAGCCAUACAAUAGUCUCCUUCAUGUUUCCAGAGCCAUCUUGAAACAUAGCUUUGCCUUUACACCAAAGUKAGAUGACCGUUGAGGUUUUCCUCCUCUUUUCUAGGAUUUUUUUCUUUUACAUUUUUUUUAAAUUUYGCUGUGCAGUGAUAGAAACCUUUGUUCACAAAUACAAAGAAUUAUUCACGGGUAUCUAUCACUGGCCACUCAGCAGUCAUUUCACUUUGAUACUAUUCAAAGCAACCUUUUAUAGAUGGUGCAGGGAACCAUGAAGAAGACUAACGCUCAUUAUAUCUAUCAUUGUAAGCUCAGCUGCUGUCUCACCUUUGAUGCAAAGCAUAGUUCCCUWACAAUAUGGCACCAGGGAUGAUUACCGUAAUUUCUUAAUAGAACAUACCUUUAUAUUUAAUCCYUAAGAAUAUUGCUGACAGUAAACAUAAAGAUUUUUAAAAUUUCUUUUUCCUGUAUGAUUCUAAUAAUACAUGUCAGUGUCYAUGAAAUAAAGGUUAAUGUUUGUAACUGGAUUUAUGAGGAUUGAGGUAUAGUCUAGGUUUUUGUUUGUUUGUUUGUUGUUGUUUUGCUACAUACAACAUAGUAAUAUCGUAAAUAUUCAUUUAUGCUAUUUGUGUUUUAGUAAGAAAGUAGUGUAAGAGUUAUUCCUGUAUUCUGUUUAGCGUUUAAACUAAUGUUCAAUGSUGAGAAAAACGUCUUUACAGUGGUAUAUUUUCCUCUGGCAAGUAAUAUAUCAAAUAUCGUGUCAUAGGAUUAUCAUCUGAUUAUUGACUGCGAAAAAAAUAAAAAAAAUCAAUAUUA